AGCAAAGCAAAGAGCAGCAGUCUGAGUUCGGUGCCGUUCCGUUGUAGAUCUGCUCUCCAAAGUUUUUCCUUCAAGCUUCCAUCAUUUCCGCCCUCAUUCCCUCCUUCUAUCCAUCAAUCCUUUGGACGAAUUUUUGACUCCAUUUCAAGAUCUGCUUCGAUUUCGGUACUGGGGUUUCCACAAAACCCCAUGAAAGAUUCAAAUCCCCCCACAGAGCCCAUCGGGCACCAUCUGAUUAAGCUCAUAAGCAAUCUCUGUUUCUCUGUUUUUGUGUUUUCUGUUCUUAUUAUCACCGUCAUUGCCAUCACCUACCAGCCCCCGGAUCCGUGGCUUGAAUCCACGCCUGCUCUUACCAAGCUCUUCACUGCCUCCGAGAAUGCCACUUUCAAGAACGACGAAUCCGUCGUCAAAACUGGCGAGGAUUUGGUCUCGGUUAUAUCCCCUGCUGUGCCGCCGGCUUUGGGGAACCAGAUCACUGAGGCGGUGAUCCAGAAAUCUGAGGAGGUAAUUGCUGAUUCUGCCCCUAAACUGAAUUGUGACGAAUUGAGGGCUGUUAAUUGUUCGGACCCGCGUAUUUUGAUUGCGGUCGAAAGGUUUAACUUGAAGGCGUUUAAGUCCAUUGCGUUCUUGGAGUAUCAGACUCCGGUUAUCGGGUCGAAGGAGGACGAAUGUGAUGUUUCGUGGAGGUUUAGGAACAAGAAGGAGAAGUCUUGGAGGAAGUAUAGGGAUUUUCGGAGGUUUAGAUUCGAUAUUGGAGAUGAUUGUCAUUAUAAGGUAGUUCAUGCUGGUGGUUGGCAUUCAGGAAUGAAUGCUAGACGACCGAGAAGUGGAGCUAGCAAUCGUACUAGGGGUGGUGGUGGAAGUGCUAGAUUUGCUGCACCGGUGCGGGAUGAGGAGAUAAACGACACGAUCCCAACAUUGGGAUCGGAGAUGAAUUUUAGGAAGGGGAAGUACUUGUACUAUUCACGUGGAGGGGACUACUGUAAAGGUAUGAAUCAUUAUCUAUGGAGUUUCUUGUGUGGUUUGGGAGAGGCAAUGUAUUUAAACAGGACAUUUGUGAUGGAUUUGAGUGUGUGUUUGGCUGGUAGUUAUAACCCGAGCAACAAAGACGAGGAGGGGAAAGAUUUCCGUUUUUACUUUGAUUUCGAGCAUCUUAAAGAGGUUGCGUCUAUUGUGGAUGAGGGUGAAUUUCAUAGAGAUUGGAGGAAAUGGGACAAAAGCCACAAGAAGAGAAUACCUGUUAGGAAGGUUUUGAGCCAUAAAGUGACACCAAUGCAACUGAAGAAAGAUAAGAAUACGAUCAUAUGGAGGCAGUUUGAUGCUCCAGAACCCGAGAAUUAUUGGUACAGAGUGUGUGAGGGGCAAGCUGCAAAGUAUAUCCAGCGUCCGUGGCACGCCGUAUGGAAAUCGAAAAGAUUGAUGAAUAUAGUGACUGAAAUCAGUGGACGCAUGGACUGGGAUUUUGAUGCUGUUCAUGUGGUUCGAGGAGAGAAGGCACAAAACAAAGAACUUUGGCCUCAUUUGGAUUCUGAUACAUCUCCUGAUGCAAUCCUUGAAAAAUUGAAAGGGAUGAUUCAGCCUUGGAGGAAUCUGUACAUAGCAUCCAAUGAACCGUUCUAUAACUACUUCGACAAAUUGCGAUCUUAUUUCAAAGUCCAUUUGCUUGACGAUUACCAGGAAUUAUGGGGAAAUACAAGUGAGUGGUAUAACGAAACACGACUCAUAAACAACGGACAACCAGUCGAGUUUGAUGGGUACAUGAGAGCUGCUGUGGACACCGAAGUGUUCUAUAGGGCAAAAACCCGGGUCGAAACAUUCUAUAAUUUGACCAAAGACUGCAAGGACGGAAUCAAUACUUGCUGAUCAUGUUGAGGACCGCAUUACUCAUAGUUACAUAUUAUCUUUUUGAUGCCCCCCUUUCAUUGAAGUCUGAUUUGAUUGAAAAAGUUCAAAGCUACUAAAUUAGGGACUUAGUUGAUUGAUGUAA